UCGUUUGUUGAUGCUGUGGCUUGCUUGUCUUGGUCUCGGGGAUUCUAGGUCAAGCCUGCGGCUACGUCGUUCCCUUCCACAAGCAGCAUUUGUCUCUCGUUUGUCUGUCUUCUGUCGCUCCCAUGAGGUGGUGAGCGGCGGCUACGAUGACUCUUCUUGCGUUGCUUUCGACUCGCCUUCUUUUUACCUUGGUUGCGACAACCACCACACUCGUUAAUGGACUCAAAUAUGACAGCGAAUUCCUCGAUUACAACCUCAACACUAAUCAGUCCGCCACAGACCCCCUCAACUACUGGGGCAGUCGCGAUGUCGGCUUCGAGUACCAGACGUCUCCGGACAACUGGAGAGUCCCCUUCUACACAAUCUUCAUCGACCGCUUCGUCAAUGGCGACCCAGAAAACGAUGAUAUCAACGGUACUGUCUUCGAGGCCGACAUGAUGAGCACCCAGCUCCGGUUCGGCGGCGACCUGUCUGGCCUGACUGACUCGUUGGAUUACAUUGCCGGCAUGGGCAUCAAGGCCCUUUACAUUGCCGGAUCACCCUUCAUCAAUCAGCCGUGGGGUGCCGAUUCCUACUCGCCCCUGGAUUUGACUCUCCUCGACAAGCAUUUCGGCAGCAUCUUGACGUGGCAAACCGCCAUCGACGAAAUACACAAGAGGGGGAUGUAUGUCGUGAUGGACAACACCAUGGCGACCAUGGGCGACCUCAUUGGCUUCGAGGGACAUCUAAACGAGAGUACCCCGUUCCAGGAAUCAGAACAUCGAGUCCAGUGGAAGACGGACCGGCAGUAUCUCGACUUCGAUAUCGGCAACGACUACAACAACACCUGCAAGUAUCCCGAGUUCUGGUUCGAGGACGGGACCGUCAUCAAGCCGGACGGGUUAAAUGGGUGCUACAACAGCGACUUCGACCAGUAUGGUGACAUCGAGGCCUUCGGCGUUUACCCCGACUGGAAGCGUCAGCUAGCAAAGUUUGCCUCCGUCCAGGAUCGUCUCCGCGAGUGGGAGCCGUCAGUCCUCGCCCGCCUCGAGCGCUUCUCGUGCAUGACCAUCGCGAUGUUGGAUAUCGACGGGUUCCGUAUUGACAAGGCCGUCCAGGUCACUGUUGACGCGCAGGCGCACUGGAGUUCUGCGAUGCGUGAUUGCGCUGUUAAGCACAACAAGACGAACUUCAUGAUUGUGGGUGAAAUCACCGCCGGAAACACGCUCGGGUCCAUCUACCUCGGCCGCGGACGCGUGCCUAGUGUGGCCGAAGCCCUCGACAUGAAGACGGCCAUGACUCUGCCCGUAAACACGACCGACGCCGACAAGUACUUUGUUCGAGAGAACAAGAACAGCGCUUUGGACGCUGGCGCUUUCCACUAUUCGGUAUACCGGUACAUGGCACGGUUCCUCGGCAUGAGUGGCAACCUGAAGGCCGGCUACGAUUUGCCGACCGACUGGGUCAAGACUUGGGAGACCAUGAUCACGACUAACGACUUCUUCAACGCUAACAACGGCAAUUUCGACCCUCGCCACCUGUAUGGCUCUUCCAACCAGGAUGUGUUCCGGUGGCCAACCAUUCAGCUCGGGACCGAGCGCAUGCUCCUCGCAUAUUUCAUUACGAGUCUCCUCUUGCCUGGGGCUCCGUUGGUUUACUACGGCGAAGAGCAGGGUCUUUAUGUCUUGGACGGCACGGCUGAGAACUACGUCUUUGGCCGUCAGUCAUUCGCACCCUCCCCGGCUUGGAAGGCGCAUGGCUGCUUUUCGCUCGUGAACGACCUGUAUGUGGACUGGCCGCUCGGGAAGGGAGCGGAUGGCUGCCACGACGAGGCAGUGGGCUGGGACCACAGGGAUCCUUCGGCGCCCGUCAGAAAUAUCUUCAAGCGCAUGUUCGCGCUUCGCGAAGAUUACCCAGUCCUUGAGCACGGCUGGCUGCUGGAACAGCUUUCCAACCAAACCAGGUUUGAGCGCCUGUUGGGUAGUCCCGAAGACACCGAGUUCGGCAUCUGGAGCGUUGUCCGAGGCAUGUACAGCGGUGUCCAGACGGAAAAGGCAGACCCAGUGUGGCUUGUGUACCACAACCAACAGAACCGCACCACGUACACGUUCGACUGCAGUGACGAGAGCUCGGCAUUCUAUGCCCCGUUUAGUUCUGACGUCAAAGUCCGAAACCUGUUCAGUAGUGAUGCCGCCAUCGGGUUGACCGCUUCGACAAAGAGCAACGGCUUCACCGGCGACAAGAAAGCCGGCUGCCUCAGCAGCAUCACGAUGGAACCGUUCGAGUUCCGUGCCUACGUUCCCGAUCCGUCAUGGGUAGAACCCGCACCGAUGAUUACGAAGUUCACGCCCGGCCAUGACUUCCCCAUCGACUCGACAAAUGCUAACGGCAAGAUAAACAUCACCAUCGAGUUCAAUACUCCCAUGAACUGCGACGCCGUCAAGAAGGCCUUUUCAGUCUUGCAGUUUGUCGACGGCACAAACCCCAACGGUACGAGCGUGGGGUUCGAGAGCUCCUGUCCCAAGUUUACCGGCGGCGACAAGAUCUCGUUCACGGGAGCCAUUCAGUCGGCCUGGGUGUUCCAAGCGACAUUGCUGAAUGUCGGCGAGGGUAUCGUGAAGCUCACUGUGAACAACGCGACGUCGGCGAACAACGUCACUACAGACGCCGUCGACCAUUUUCUGCUCCGCUUCGGUAGGCCCAAUAAUCCCGUCGUCUUCCCGGGAACGGGAAAUUACUCGCGCAGUCUCCUGGUCGUCGAGGGCAACGCCAUGUAUGCCCAACACGACGCCCCAGGCGCCACGCUAUGGCGCUAUAGCACGAACUGGGGUACGAUUUGGAGCAAAUGGGUUCCUUACUCCUCCUCCAAGACCAAGGUACUCAUCACGGAGCAGUCAUGGGAAGGAACAGCACUGCAGUCUUGGACUGGAAAGCAUCUCAUGGUCCAGUACUACAGCAAGCCGCUUGGUUCUUCGGCCUUCAUGCAGCACUCGGACACUCCCGACAUCCUCUUUGAACGCGAGUUCCCGCACAUCAAAAUCCACGGUCCGUACAACAAGUGGGGUUAUGAUGCGGGCUUGCCCGGAGCCAUGACUAUCAUUGACCACCAUAAGUGGGCGUUGCAUUUCAUGUACGAAUGGCCCGCCACCUUCCAGCUCAACAUCUGGGGCAUCAACCCAGACAACCAGCCCGACGCCGGUGCCAUUUACGGCGACAUUGACGGGGAUGGAAUCGUCGACCGCCUCCCUCCCAGCAGCCUGGCAAACAACGUCAUCAACAUUACGUCGCCGCCCCCGAUGCCCGCUCUCGCAUACAGACUCAUAUAUAACGAUGCCACCUGGAGGUACAACUACGAGCCCGUUGGCAGUAUCUGGAUCCAGAUCAUCAUCUUUGCCCUUCUCGCCAUCUUGCCUCUCUUGUUCGGCUGCAUGGCACUGUGGAUCUACUUCCGCAGCUUUUACCAAGUCAAAAUCAACAAGUCCGGAUUCAGCACAAAGGGCUGGCGUCCUUUGAAGCUCGGCAACAUGUCCAAGCUCGACAUGAAGGGCACCGGGAGAGGGGUGGAGAUGAGUGCCAUCACUCCGCCACCUCCCCCGAGCGCCGCGCUGGGCCCCUUUGGUGAAAAUGGAGGCAGGAGGACGGUGCUGAUCGCCACCAUGGAAUACAACAUGGAGGACUUUGGCAUCAAGAUCAAGAUUGGCGGCUUGGGUGUCAUGGCCCAGCUCAUGGCCGAUGCGCUAUCGCAUCUCGAUCUUGUCUGGGUCGUGCCCAUGGUCGGCGACAUCCAGUACCCCACUGACCGGAUGGAACAGGCCGAGUCCAUGUUCGUUGACAUUAUGGGACAGCCAUACGAGAUCGUCGUUUACUACCACGUCUACAAGAACAUCACCUACGUCAUCCUCGAUGCCCCCAUCUUCCGUAAACAGACCAAGGCCGAUCCGUACAUCGCCCGUAUGGACGAUAUAGAGAGCGCCAUCUUGUAUGGUGCCUGGAAUAGCUGUAUCGCCGAGUCAAUCCGCCGCUUUCCUGUCGACAUCUACCACAUUAAUGACUACCAUGGCGCCGCUGCUCCGCUGUACCUUCUACCGCAGACCAUCCCCGUCUGCCUGUCCCUCCACAACGCCGAGUUCCAGGGCAUGUGGCCGAUGAGGACGCCCGAGGAAGCGAAGGAGGUGUGCGAGGUCUUCAACCUGUCCCCAGAAAUAGUCAAGGACUACGUGCAGUACGGCUCCGUUUUUAACUUGCUCCAUGCUGGUGCUAGCUACCUUCGGCUGCACCAACGCGGUUUCGGAGCCGUGGGCGUGUCGAGGAAGUACGGUGAUCGGUCGCUUGCUCGGUACCCAAUCUUCUGGAGUUUGAAGAACAUUGGCCAGCUUCCCAACCCCGACCCGUCAGAUACGGCUGACUGGAAUCCAAACGAGGAUAUCUCCAAGCAGUCCAAGGAUAUCGAGAUCAACCAGAGCUUCGAGGAGAAGAGGGGUAACCUACGCCGCCAGGCGCAGGAGUGGGCUGGCCUAGAGGUCGACCCCUCGGCCGAGCUGUUCGUUUUCGUCGGCCGGUGGAGUCUGCAAAAGGGCGUUGACUUGAUCGCCGACAUCUUCCCCAGCAUUUUGGACAAGUACCCCAAGACCCAGCUGAUCUGCGUCGGGCCGGUUAUUGAUCUUUACGGACGGUUUGCGGCGUUGAAGCUGGAAAAGCUGAUGCACAGAUACCCCCGGAGAGUGUUCAGCAAGCCCGAGUUCACCCAGCUUCCUCCGUACAUCUUCAGCGGCGCCGAAUUCGCGCUUAUUCCCUCGCGUGACGAACCCUUUGGCCUGGUUGCUGUCGAGUUCGGACGGAAAGGAGCGCUUGGCGUGGGUGCGCGCGUGGGCGGCCUCGGUCAGAUGCCCGGCUUUUGGUAUACGGUUGAGUCGAUGACUCCGUCCCAUCUGCUGCAACAGUUCAGGCAAGCGAUCGUCUCGGCGCUCGACUGCAAGUCCUCGAAGAGAGCCCUCAUGCGUGCCUGGAGCGCCAAGCAGCGGUUCCCUGUUGCUCAGUGGGUUAAACAGCUCGACGAGCUUCACAGCCAAUCGAUCCGCAUCCACCAGAAGGAGGCGAAGAAGAUGAAGCUGGAGGUUGUCAGCUCCCUAGCAUUGACUCGACCCUCCUCUCGAGCCAGCUCGGCCUCUUAUAUCGACCAGAACCAUAACUCGAUGCUAAGUCCAGGGCUAGACACGGGCCGCAUGUCUCCGGCCUCAAUCGCACCGCCCUCUCGUGUCGGCACUCCGACGAUUGCGACGGUGAGAUCGUUCGCCUCCCCAACACUGCCCACCCCUAACGCACCAUGGGCUGGCGGAUCGAGGUCGAAUUCGCCCCGUGGGUCCAUCGCGAGCUCCAUCAACGCGCCAUUUUAUAACCACUCUACCGCACGUGAUAGCACGGCCAGUGUCGACAGUUUCGCCAUCCGAGCGCAGAAGGACGGUAUCUCGUCGCCGACGUUGGGCCCGGAUGGUGGGCUAGGAUUUCCCCGGCCGGCUUUCAUGUCGCACCGCAACAGCAGUCUGCUCAGCCUUCCCGACGUGGUUGGUGAUAGACACGACCUGAAGCUCCAGCAAGUCGAUCAAUUCUUCACGGACACGAGCGGCGAGUACUAUGCCGAGUUUGACGAGCUGCUCGAGAACAUGACGGCCUCGAAUUCCGUCUCCGAACUUUGCGUCGAGAACUUCUUGAAGAAGAGCGAAAAGGAGUGGUUCGGCCGGUACAGAGACGCGAAGCUUGGGCGCAAUAGGGACUCGAGCCGACCGAGAAGCCCAGGCGGCAGCAGCCGGCCCGUGUCGAGGAGCAGUGACCGCCGGAACGAGUCCAUUGUCAGCCGCGGCCGUCAGCGUCACCGUAGCGUUACACCUAGCGGUCUGGCGAGAUCGGUCUUUGAGACGUCACCGCCACUGAACCAUAUCGAUGACGAGUUCCUGUUGGGCGAUGGAUACCAAGCUCCCACGGGAGUCAAGAAGUUAUUGUCGUCCGUCCGUGUUGGCGAUUGGCCGCUGUACUCCUUCUUCCUCGCGUUGGGUCAAAUCAUUUCCGUCAACUCUUACCAAAUCGUCCUCCUCAGUGGCGAAACGAAUCAGAAGCCCGAGAAGCUGUACAUGGUCGCCGGAAGCUAUAUCGCCGGUUCGAUCCUCUGGUGGAUCAUGGAGCGCAAUCUGAAGUCGGUCUACGCCCUGUCGGCUGCUUGGUUCUUCUUCGGCCUGGGAUUCUUCCUCCUCGGUGUCGCUCCGUUCCUUGAGUGGCACAGCCGGGACAACCUAUUUUCCGUGGCGAGCUGCAUAUACGCGGUCGGAGCGAGCAGCGGUGCCUUGUCCUUUGCGCUCAACUUCGGUGAUGAAGGCGGCGCUCCAACAAAACAAUGGAUCACCCGUGCUCUAGUUGUGGCCGGGCUUGCCCAGGUCUACAGUCUGUUGCUAUGGUACUGGGGCUCUCUGGUGACCAAUGUUGACACGACCAUGACCGUCUACUUGACGGGCACCAAGAUUCCUCAGGCGCUUGCCAUCUGCGUCCCCGUUGCCGUCAUCUUCUGGAUCAUCGGCGUCGUUCUCCUGUUCGGACUGCCAGACUUUUACCGCCAGUCUCCAGCCAAAAUCCCCGGCUUCUACAUCUCGCUGUACCGACGCAAGGUCGUUCCCUGGUUCUUCGUCAUGAUUAUCGUCCAGAACUACUGGCUCUCGGCGCCAUACGGCCGCAGCUGGCAAUUCCUCUUCGCUUCGCAGUUCAUUCCCGGCUGGGGCGUCUUCCUCAUGGCUCUCGGCUUCUUUGUGAUCAUUUGGGGUCUUGUCCUGUACGGCUUUUCGUACUUCUCGGACGAGCACACGUGGCUCCUGCCCAUCUUCGCCAUCGGCCUGCUCGCGCCCCGCUGGGCCCAGGAAUUCUGGGGCACCAGCGGUCUCGGCUGGUACAUACCGUGGGCGGGCAGCCCUAUGGGCUCGGCAAUUCUAUCGCGGCUCCUCUGGCUGUGGCUGGGCCUGUUGGACAAUAUUCAGGGUGUCGGGCUCGGCAUGAUGUUGUUGGCGACGCUCACACGCCAACACGUGCUGAUCGUCUUGAUCAUGGCGCAGAUCAUUGGCAGCGCCUUUACGAUACUGGCGCGGGCGACGAGUCCCAACGCUCUGUCGCCGAACACGACGUUCCCCGACUUCUCGCAGGGUCUCUACCCGGGCGUUUCGAGUCAGUGGUUCUGGGUGUGUUUGCUGUUCCAGCUGAUCAUCCCGGUCGGCUUCUUCAAGUUCUUCCGCAAAGAGCAAGUGGCCAAGCCCUGAUUGAGAUGAGUGCGAAUGCAGGGGGAGGGCCAGCGAGAUCCUCCACCCGAAUGAAGUGAUGCAUAUGUUCUGGCGUAUAUAUAUAAGCAUGAUUGGAUAUUGAACACGGGCCUUUCUUUUCUUGGAUUUGUUGAACAACCUGUAAAUAUAGAGCUUGAAGUGUUAAUGGGCGGAUCGUCGUCAUCAAUGCUAAAUAUAUUUCGUCUUCCAA